CGGCGGCCCAGGCAGAGGAGUCCGCGGUGGUGGCGGCGGCGGCGGCGCUGUUCCCCGCGCGGUCCGCGCAGUGGGGUCCGGGCUGCGUGUCUCGGGCGGCGGCGGCACUGCGGCCCCGGCCCGAGCCCGACCCCGGGUCCCCUACCCGGCCGCCCCCCGCCCACGGGCCGCUCCCCCGGGCCCGCCGUCCCCUCCCCCGCUGGCGGGGCCCGGACAGAAGAUGGUGCAGAAGAAAACAGCCGAACUUCAGGGCUUCCACCGUUCGUUCAAGGGGCAGAAUCCUUUCGAGCUGGCCUUCUCCCUAGACCAGACCCACCUCGGGGAGACCGACUUCAGCCUGGAGUGUCCGGCCCGCCCUGAUAUGCCCGCCAGCCAGCCCAUUGACAUCCCGGACGCCAAGAAGAGGAGCAAGAAGAAGAAGCGGUGCCGCGCCACUGACAGCUUCUCAGGCCGGUUCGAAGAUGUCUACCAGCUGCAAGAGGACGUGCUCGGGGAGGGCGCCCACGCCCGCGUGCAGACCUGCGUCAACCUCAUCACCAACCAGGAAUAUGCCGUCAAGAUCAUCGAGAAGCAGCCGGGCCACAUUCGGAGUAGGGUUUUCCGGGAGGUGGAGAUGUUGUAUCAGUGCCAGGGACACAGGAAUGUUCUAGAGCUGAUAGAGUUCUUUGAGGAGGAGGAUCGCUUCUACCUGGUGUUUGAGAAGAUGAGGGGCGGCUCCAUCUUGAGCCACAUUCACAAGCGGCGGCACUUUAACGAGCUGGAGGCUAGCGUGGUCGUGCAGGACGUGGCCAGCGCCCUGGACUUCCUGCACAACAAAGGCAUCGCCCACAGGGACCUAAAGCCAGAAAACAUCCUCUGCGAGCAUCCCAACCAGGUGUCCCCCGUGAAGAUCUGUGACUUCGAUCUGGGCAGCGGCAUCAAACUCAACGGGGACUGCUCCCCGAUCUCCACUCCAGAGCUGCUCACCCCGUGCGGCUCGGCAGAGUACAUGGCCCCCGAGGUGGUGGAGGCCUUCAGCGAGGAGGCCAGCAUCUACGACAAGCGCUGCGACCUCUGGAGCCUGGGUGUCAUCCUCUACAUCCUGCUCAGCGGCUACCCGCCUUUCGUGGGCCACUGCGGCAGCGACUGCGGCUGGGACCGCGGCGAGGCCUGCCCGGCCUGCCAGAAUAUGCUGUUUGAGAGCAUCCAGGAGGGCAAGUACGAGUUUCCGGAGAAGGACUGGGCCCACAUCUCCUUCGCUGCCAAAGACCUCAUCUCAAAGCUUCUCGUCCGCGACGCCAAGCAGAGGCUGAGCGCCGCCCAAGUCCUGCAGCACCCCUGGGUGCAGGGGUGUGCUCCAGAGAACACCCUGCCCACUCCCAUGGUCCUGCAGAGGAACAGCUGUGCCAAAGAGCUCACGUCGUUUGCGGCCGAGGCCAUCGCCAUGAACCGGCAGCUGGCGCAGCGGGAGGAGGACGCGGCCGAGGAGGCGGAGCAGGGCCAGCCCGUGGUCGUCCGCGCCGCUCGCUGUCUGCGGCUGUCCCCACCCUCCCAGAGCAGGCUGGCCCAGCGGCGACAGCGAGCCAGCCUGUCCUCGGCCCCCGUGGUCCUGGUGGGAGACCACGCGUGACCCUCCCCUUCCUCUGUACAUAGGUCUCCCCCCCCCCCCAUCAAAUCUAAAGAGUUUUUUAAGCUAUUGCCAGCCGGUGACCAGAGGCCACCCUGCCCUGGCUGGUCCCCAAGGCGCUAAGCUCAGUUGGGGGGACCCUUUUUAUAUGAGGUUUUUGCUGUUGGGUUUUUUUCUUUUUUCUGUCUCACCCUCAUUUUUUUUCCCUUUAAAGGUGUUAAAAGCAAAGCAGGCGCCUGGGGGGAGGAUGGAGGCUUUGUCGCUGGGCUUGUCCCGUCCCUGCCCCCAGUCUCAGAUGCUCACCUGUACUGUGAAGGGCCCCCACGCCCGCCCCGCCCAGAUGUGACUCAGGAGAGGAGGGCGCGAGCGCCUUCCAGAGCUGGGGGCACAGAAGCGCACCCCUCCCCCAGCCCUCACAGUGUUUUCAGGGACGGGCCACCCCCACGUCUCCCCGGGGUGACACGGCACCUCUUCCAUCCCUCACCCGGAAGCAGCCUGGUCGCUUGGAGGGCAUGGGCUCCUCAGGUCUCCCUUGUGUCUAGAGGGGGUCUGGGUGCAGGCAGGUGGGAUACACGGCCGCCCGCCGGACCCCCUGUCUGACUGACAAUCGGGGCUCCCUCGGACCUUGACCUUAAGCUGCAGCUCUCCCUGCGCCCUCCCCUGCCCUCUCCACGGGGACCCCACCCACGCAGGAGGGCAGUGCCAGAGGAAGUGGGAGGGGUUGGACAGGCGCCCGUCAGCCAACGUGGGGGUCCCUUGGACCCCCACCCCGGGCACCAGAGUGCCCCUUCUCAGGGCUCAGUCUGACCAUGGCCACGUCCUGCCCCUCGCCGUCGCCGCUGGGUCUGGUGAGGAAGCUCCGUGAGCGCCCCCUGCCGCCGCCUCAGAGCCAGGGCCCAGCCAGGGGUCCUGCUGAACCCCCCGCCCCCCAGGGCCACGCGGCCCACCUUCAGGAACACGGCUACAGCUCCCCCCGGGCACCCAGGAACCGCCGCGCCCGCCUCCACCCACCUCAGCGCCAGGGUCAGACGAGUGACCCCCUUCUUCCCUCGGGUGGGAAACACUAUGCAAUACAGGCUCCCCUUUUCGCCGUGUCCCGAGCUUCGGCCGGGGGGUGGGGGGCCCGCAGCGCCCCGCCAGGGCAGCCUGGCCCCGGGGUCUGGUCGGGACUCCGCAGCGGGCCGGGCCCUUGGCUUCUAGUUGUUCGUCCUGUUCUGUUCGUUUUUUAAAGACAUUGGUUGACUUCCCUUCCCUGUUCUUGAAUACUUGAAUGUUGGGGGGCCUUGUGGGUCGGGGGGCUCACAUGCCGUUUCUGUGGCAGUCUCUGGUGGCUGGUGGGGACUGGCUGCCCCUCCCGGCCCCGCCCACCUGGAUCUGUGGACCGGCCUUUCCAAAGACCCCCCUGGGGAGGGGGGAGGGGUGGGGGGAGGAGGCCGCCCCCACCCCUGCCUCUUGCCCUUCAGUGGUUCCACGUUCUGAGCUGGGGAUUCUGCCUUUUUGUAAAAAAGAAACAAAUGGACCCCCGCCUGCCGCAGGCGCCUUGGCCGUUUUAACUCUGGAAAGCUGAGCUGUGAGGAGCUUUUUUUUUUUCCAAAGGUGGGACAGCCACUUCCUCCCCGUCACACACGUCACACGGACGGACACUGUGGCCGGAGGACUGUCAGAACCGCUACUGUGAAAGCGCCCGGCCCCCGGCCGCUCCGGCCCUGGGGGAGGGGAACGGCAACGUUUCAACGUUCAGAUGUAUAAAAAAGACAAAAAAAAAAAAAAAAAAACCUCAAGUUUUUUAGAAGUGGGGGGAAACAUCAAGCACUUUAACUCCACCGCACCAGGUGAGCCGAUACAGCUCAUUUCCUUACACCAACUGUCGAUGCCGGACUUUUGUAUUGUUUUGUAAGGAUUUAAUAAAAGUCAUAAAAACUU